GGGGGGGGGGGGGGGCAUCGAAACCUGCGCCGUUCUCCCACCAACCGAUUGAUUACCUGCCUGACAUCUAGCAAGAUGCCGUAACAUGUUGGGAGUCCUUUCGCUGCUUGAUAGAACGUGCGUGUUUCAGUGCAACAGGCUCUGGAUGUUGCCGCCGGGGAGCUCAUUAUUUUUAAUAUUCAUUUCCUAGGGAAAGGGAUAUCUUAAUGAUGACGGAUUAAUUGAAUCUGAUCCCGCUUGAGGAACUAUCAUCACGGAUUGCAGUAUUGGUAGCCCCAUCUCAGUCAUCAGAACGGCUUCUAGAGGGUUACAUAUUGGCGGCAUUUGGGGCAGGUUUUCUUUGCAAUUGGAUAUCAGAUAACUCAGCCACCAUAAGUUAACUUUAGUUUAUAAUAAGUUGAAAGGUGUUAGGAGGAAGGAUUCAUGUUCAGUGUGUAUUAUUAUAUAUACUACUAUAUAUAAAUAAUCUAGCUAGCGGUACGGUACGGCCUUUUUGAGUGUUGUUGAUUUGCUUCUCUCCAACCGCUGAGGUUCGGCGGGAAAAAGAUGGACUUGGGCUUUGCUCAAUCAAAAAUCAAAUCUUCCCUUCCCCCUUCCAACCCCUCGCCAACUUCAACCUCUUUCUAAUAUUCCCCCCAACCCUCUCGCACUUCUUUGCUUCCAUCUCUCAGGAUCCAAAGUCGCGAGCAUUUGAAUUAUUGCUAUCUAUCAAAUUCGUGAUAAUCCCAACAUUUUCUUUGCAUCAAAACCAGCUCAAGCUUUAACUUGCUGCUUCCCCCAUUAUUAUACCAAUAACUAUCAUAUCAUUAUUUGAUAACCGCCAAGUUUUAACUCAACAGAGUCACGUCUCCGCCCAGCGCGAGCAAAAACAACUCACCGAAACCACCCCAGUCCCCCAUCCCAACCGUCAAAUCCAAUCUCAAACCAAGAAACAAAAUAAAAAUAAUUACAAUGGCAGUCACCCGCGGCGCAACCGGCAACGCGCGCCCCCGCAUCAUCGAACCGAUCUCCACCUCCCCAGCCUCAAAGAAACGUCGUGCCAGCACCACCUCAAAGCCCAAGGCAGGCAAGGGCGAGCCAAAACAGAGCUCUAGCUCGGGCGCAUCCAGCAAACGCGGGCCCAAACCUAAAGCAUCGGCUGCAGCGGGCGUCACCAAGAAAGUUGCUAAGAGUGCAGCUGCAAAGACCAAGGGCGCGGGGAAGCCUGGCAGGAAGCCAAAGGGGGUCGUAGCAAAGAGAGGGCCAAAGGCGAAUAGCAAGGGUACUGCUGCGAGCGCGGCUGCUGAGUUGGCUGUAUCUGAUGCUGCCAUGGCUCGUCCCGCGACUGCGCCGGCUGUGGCUGAAGUGACUGCAAACUAGAAGGGCUGAUUGGGGAGGGAAGGGAUCCGUUUGUGUGUAUUAUCUGUCUGAGCGCGGGAAGUUGAUGAUGUAUGGAUUCUUCUUUGUUGGGGAGGGAGGGUUGUAUGUAAUGGAUUUGCGGGACUCUUCUGGAAUUUCUAGUUUUGCGUCUGUCCUUGCGCUUUUCUCAUUUGAUGGGUUGAUGUGUUGAUUUUUAUUUUAUUCCCCCCCCCCCCCCCUCCGUG